AUGUUUGAAUUGACAAAACCAAAAAUACAUGGCUUUGUAUCAGUAAAAUCCGAGUUCGGUCGAGCUCCGGCUCAACUCUCAGCUGGAGCCUUCUCAUCAAUGGCGAGCAUAAACUCCACCGGCAAAAGUUCCAGGUUCUUCUCUUCGCAAUCCUACCACAGCUCCACCUGCGGCCGCACCCAUCAGAUCGCCGCCCUCGCACUGGUUGUCGUCACUUUCUUCCUCACCAGGCUCCUCGACCGCUCCCUAGGCCCCUGCCCCUCAUCCCUCCGCGAUUCGUUCUUCGGCGACGAUCAGAGCAGAGCGCCGGAAGACGUCGUGCGGUUCGGGCUGUAUGGGGCCCACCUGAAUCUGAAGAUCUACGUGUACGACGAGGACGAGAUCGAUGGUCUGAAGCUGCUGAUGUACGGGCGCGAGGGGAAAAUAUCUGCCGACGCCUGCGUUAGAGGCCAGUGGGGCACCCAGGUUAAAAUUCAUCGGUUACUUUUACAAUCAACAUAUCGGACCAGAAAGAAAGAGGAAGCAGAUCUGUUCUUCGUUCCAUCCUAUGUUAAAUGUGUUCGAAUGAUGGGUGGACUGAAUGAUAAAGAAAUCAAUCAAACAUAUGUAAAGGUUUUAAGUCAAAUGCCAUAUUUCAGGAUAUCUGGUGGCCGCAACCAUAUUUUUGUUUUCCCAAGGUAUGUUGUUCUUUGGUGCUGGAGCUCACUUGUUCAAGUCUUGGUCAACAUAUUUAAAUCGUUCUAUAAUUUUGACCCCAGAGAUGAAAAUAUAGAGGAGAUGAUCGUAAAAGGCAGGCGAGUGAGGUGUUUAUGGGUGUACGCACCUGAAUCCGAACCUUGCUCGGCUCUCAGUGGAAUUUUAUGGGAACUUCAGAAAAAGGUAAGGAAGUUUCAACAUUCGAGCGAGACAUUUUGGCUGCACAAUGGGUCAAUUGUGAAUCGAGAUUUAGUAGAGUUCAGCAAAUGGACAUGA